UUCAAGAAGACACAUAACCAAAUCCAAUACACACACAUUUACAUUUCUUGUCUUGCUCCAAAAUCACAACACUCUCAUUCGACAAUGGCUGACGAAAACGAUGCCAUCAUCGAGAAUUCGAGUUCAGAGAUGGACAUCGUCCGAAAGCUUCACGUCUAUCCUGAACUUCAACAUCCCGAGAAGACACUGAGUCUGUCCAAUUUGGACCGCCAGUGCCCGUUGCUUAUGUACUUAGUGUUCUUCUACAAGUCCGACAAAACUCGUAACGUUUCUAGCGAAUCGGUUUUCUCCAAUCUAAGACUCGGAUUGGAGCAAACCCUUUCUGUGUGGUACCCUGCAGCUGGUAGGUUGUGUUUGGACCCAAAAGACAUGAAGCUCAAUCUAUGGUGCAACAAUGGCGGCGCUGUGAUGGUGGAGGCGGCGACACGUGUUGAAAUGUCGGAGCUCGGAGACUUGUUUCAGUAUAAUGAGUUCUCCGAGACUUUGGUUUAUAAGCCUCCUUUCAAUGGAGAUUUCCCUGAAGUGCCUCUUGUUGUUGCUCAGGUGACGAGAUUUGCAUGUGGAGGGUACUCAAUUGGAAUAGGCACGAGCCACUCAGUGUUCGAUGGGCUCUCAGCUUAUGAGUUUCUUCAUGCAUGGGCUUCUAAUUCUUAUAUUCACAAUAUCACAAAUAAUGGUAACAGCAACAAUGACAAUAAUAAUAAUAAUAACAAUGAAGAUGAUCAAGCAAUGAUGAUCGAGCCGGUUCAUGAGAGAGGCAAUUUGCUAACUACCACGAACCCGAAACCCGGAACGAGAGCUGCAGCCAUUGACCAUCUGUAUCAGCUGAUAAAGCAGAUGAUGACCGAGCAGAUGGCGAUGGUGAACGGAGGGCAAAACGGUCAUUUCGAGGAUCCGAGCUCGGGGUUUCUGAUCAAGACCUUUGAGGUUAGUGGUGAAGCAGUAGAGAGGAUGAAGAAGAGAGCGAUGGGUGGAGAUGGGAAAUUACCAAAAGGGUUCUCUUGCUCUUCCUUUGAGCUUCUUGCUGCUCAUCUGUGGAAGGUGAGAACAAGGGCUCUAGGGUUGAGAAGCGACGCCAUGGUAUGCUUACAAUUCGCUGUGGACAUAAGGAAGAGGGCGGAGCCGCCGUUGCCGGAAUAUUUUUCCGGCAAUGCGUACGUUCUCGCCUCCGUCGCAUCCACCGCCGGAGAAUUACUUAACUUAACCAUUGAAUCGAUAGUUCACAAAACCAGAGAAGCCAAGAACUCAGUUGACCAAGACUACAUCAACGCCUACGUGGAAGCAUUGGGGCAAGGGCGAAAUGACGCAAAUCUCCCUCCGAUCAAGGAACUGACCAUAGUCUCCGACUGGACAAAAAUGCCAUUUCACAAGGUCGGGUUCAUCGCCGGCGAACCGGCGGAUUACGUGUCACCUCUGUGUCCGCCGGUGCCACAAGUCGCAUAUUUCAUGCAGAGCCCUAAGGAUCCUAAGGGACUUCACGUGAGGAUUGGUUUGAACCCGCAAAAUGUCGAUGAUUUCUCUAAUCAUUUCCUCAAUUACAAUCAUUAGGGUGAUUAUUAUACACAUAUAUGUAAUCGUCACUAUAUAUUAGUUAUGUAGUUAAUCUUUUCUUUAUUAUUUGCUUUUUUUUUAAAAUUUUCAGAUUGAUUUUUGUUUAAUAUUAUAUAUAAAUGGGUCGAGUGGUGUGUGUACGAUAGGGCACUCAAUAUGAAUAAAUGUAUCAAAAUGGAAGGGUUAUAUGAUUAUGUGAUUG